CUUUUUCUUCAUUUCUAAAACCCCACACAGAGACGCGCACGCUCUUCGUGGUCUCCGCCUUCACCUUCCUUCCUUCCUCUCAUCUUUUUCCUUUUUUCCAAUCUCAGAUCAGAUCUCUCUCUCAAAUGGCCUCCAUAACCGGAACUACCAUGUGCGCGACCUCUCUCUCCAGCUGUUUUAACCACAGACCGGCCUCUCUUUCUGGGAUCUCUAACCCAAACUCAGUUUCCCUUUCAAUUAAAGGGAAAACUUUUCCAUCCAUUCAAUUGAAGUCAAGGUCAUCUCGGUUUCAAGUUAAAUGUGCAGCUAAACCAGAGACAGUUGACAAGGUGUGUGCGAUAGUCAAGAAACAAUUGGCACUGCCAGAAGGCUCCACCGUCGAUGGGGAGUCCAAAUUUGCUGCACUUGGAGCUGAUUCUCUUGACACGGUUGAAAUUGUGAUGGGACUUGAAGAGGAGUUUGGUAUUAGCGUGGAAGAAGAAAGUGCCCAGAAAAUUACCACCGUUCAAGAAGCAGCUGACAUGAUUGAGAAUCUAAUUGCAUCUAAAAGUGCUUAAACUAUCAUAGAGGACUCUGAAGUCAAUUUUAAAGGUUCGCCAUAUUGGCUGAAGGGAUUCAAAAGUUACUGAUUUUAUCUUAUUUCAGUAUGAGCUGUUUCUUCCUUGACUAUCCAAUAUGCAAUUUGUAGAACUUGAGUAACUUGUGUGUUUUUAAAUUUUAAUGUCAUUUGCGGAAAGUUUAUGCUGUGA